CUGGUUUUUGUUGAUUUUCUUUCUUUUUUUUUUGUUUACUUUUUUUAUACCUUCAAGAGAAUGCCGUGAUUUCUAAGGUGCAUUGAAUGUCUUCAUAUCAAAAGAAUUUUUUUGCACCUGGCAACACCGGAAGAAGAGAAUAGAGUGAUCGUAUGUUGCUGGAAAACGCUACCGGUUUUGUUUAUGCCAGAAAUAAAUAAGUGGGCGUGUCUUCACCAAUCAGCUGAACUCCACCAGUUCAACAUGGCAGUUGUCGCGUAAUUUAAACGUUUUGUGUCAAGUCGAACUCUUUAGUUACAAUUCCUAGUGUUUUGUUCACUUUAUGUUCUUGUGAGAUGUUUAUAUCGAGGCUGUGGAUUAUUUGCGGCAUUCCUGAAAUAAUGCCGCUUCGAUGUGAUUUGAAAUGAAACGUCUGCGAGUGGAUGAGACCGGUAAAGAAUCGAGCAUCAACGAGCCGUCAGUCCUGUCCGGCGUUUCCACCCUCUACCGGCAGCAGCAACAGUCCCUGCCCAACGUGGCUCCGGCGUUGUCCUACUCGACCGCCCCGCCCGGCACCGUAAAAGUCGUCAGCGAAGGCAUGCAGUCGGGCCUGUAUGCCCCGCCGCCGCCCGUCAGCUACGCGGCCAUUGCGACGACCGCCCCCUCCCCGCAAGCGCUCAAGCCCCAGGCGAUGCCUCCCCCUGGUGGCGGCGCUACCGUCCUUCAAGGCGGAGGCACAGCCGCCCUUCAAGAAUCUCCGCCGGGUAGCCAGCGUCUGAAAGUCGAGGACGCGCUAUCCUAUCUCGACCUCGUCAAGUACAAGUUCGGCUCGAAGCCGCAGGUCUACAACGACUUCCUGGACAUCAUGAAGGAGUUCAAGAGCCAGAGCAUCGACACGCCGGGCGUUAUCCAACGCGUCUCGAACCUUUUCAAGGGUUUCCCUGAGCUCAUCGUCGGCUUUAACACGUUCCUGCCGCCCGGCUACAAGAUCGAGGUGCAGCGUAACGAUCAGGGCUAUGCCUUCCAAGUGUCGGUUAGCAUGCCGAGCCCGACGACGGGGGCGAUGCCGCAGGAGCACCGUUCCGCGAUGAUUCUCAAGGGCUCGGGCACGAUCAGCGUGUCGGCGCCCUCGCCUGCGGCUCCUCCAGCCGCGCCACCGCCGCCCGUCGCGCCGCAAGUGCCGCCUCCGCAACCGCCACCCCCGCCGCCCGUGGUUCACCACUCGCCUUCGACGUACGGAGGCAACGCGCCAUCGUACGCCGCGCUCUCGCUGAGCGCGGCACAGGCAGCGGUUACGCACGCGCUUGGCGGGCACACCGAGACGCCGCAGAACCAGCCCGUCGAAUUCAAUCACGCCAUCAACUACGUCAACAAGAUUAAGAACCGUUUCCAAGGCCAACCGGAGAAGUACAAAAAGUUCCUCGAGAUUUUGCACACCUACCAGAAAGAGCAGCGUACCCUUAAGGAAAAUUCUUCAAUCGGCUCGAGCGGCAUGAAGCACCUCACCGAACAAGAGGUGUACAGUCAGGUAGCAAAGCUCUUCGAAAACCAGAGCGACCUGCUCGCAGAAUUCGGGCAGUUUUUGCCCGACGCCACGAGUCACAUCAAUCAAGCGCCGAUUUCGGAGCACGUCAACUCGGUGAAGAAGACGCCCGUCAAGCCUUAUCAUCGCGGAGACCCUAUAGAAAGGCAUAGCGUUUCUUCUCACAAGCCCAGCCAUGUUACCAGCGGUGGUGUCAAAAGAUCGCCGACUUACUCCAACUACCAGCAUAGCAAGGACGCCCCGCCCCCCAAGAAGCACAAAAUGUCCUCGACUUGUCGAGACGUUACCCUUAGUGAAGCUGGCAAAUAUGGAACACUUAAUGAUUAUGCAUUCUUUGAUAAGGUCCGCAAAGCCCUCCGGAGCCAGGACGCCUACAACAACUUCUUGCGCUGCCUGACGCUUUUCAACCAGGAGAUCGUCUCGAAAUCAGAGCUGAUCCAGAUUAGUACUCCAUUCAUCGGCAAGUUUCCUGAGCUACUGCGCUGGUUCCGCGAGUUCCUCGGUCAGAACAACGAGACGACGACAGAGGCGGUGCCGUUUAACGUAGCACGCAAUGAGCGCCCUCAGGGCGACCACGCUCUAGAGAUCGACCUCGCGACCGCCAAACGGCUCGGAGCUAGCUACUGCAUCAUCCCGAAAGCUCAGGAAGGGAUGAAGUGCUCGGGCAGGACGCAGCUCUGCAAGGAGGUGCUCAACGACCAGUGGGUGUCAUUCCCGACGUGGUCAGAGGAUAGCACAUUCGUUAGUUCACGCAAGACCCAGUACGAGGAGUACAUGUAUCGGUGCGAGGACGAACGCUUCGAACUGGACGUCGUGAUCGAAGUGAACGCGUCGACGAUCCGCGUGCUCGAAGGCGUCAACAAGAAGCUGAGUCGCAUGAGCCAAGACGACGCUUCGAAGUACAAGCUCGACGACUGCCUCGGCGGCUCAUCGCCGACGCUGCACCAGCGCGCCAUCCGCAGGAUAUACGGCGACAAGGCGCAGGACAUCAUCGACGGCCUCAAGAGGAAUCCGGCCGUCGCGGUGCCGGUCGUUCUGCGACGCCUCAAGACCAAAGAGGAAGAGUGGCGCGAGGCGCAGAAGGGUUUCAACAAGAUCUGGAGGGAGCAGAACGAGAAGUACUACCUGAAGAGCUUGGAUCACCAGGGUAUCAACUUCAAGCAGACCGACGUGAAGGCGUUGCGGUCAAAGAGUCUGUUCAAUGAGAUUGAGACCAUUUUCGAUGAGAGGCACGAACAGAACGAUGAGGGAACGGAACCCGUCAUCGGACCGCACUUGGUGCUGUUCUAUAGGGACCGGACAAUCCUCGACGACGCAGCUAACCUCCUCAUCCACCACGUUAAGCGUCAAACGGGCAUACAGAAGGGUGAGAAGAGACGCAUCAAGAAUUUGCUGAGGCAGUUCCUACCGGAUCUAUUCUUCCAUCCGAGGCAGCAGCUGAGUGAUGAUGAACGAGAGGAAGAUGACGAGAAGGACGAGAGCGAAGAGAGUCCCAACAGUUCGCCAAAAUCCGAUAAGGACAACAAAGGGAAAGACAGUUCAAAUCAUGGAAAGUCACCAGGUAGAUGUGAAGUAAGCCUGGACGAAAUAAAACAAGAAAUCGAAAUCAAGGACGAGGAACACAAGGUGCCGCUACAUGCACAAACAUCAGAUCCAGAGGAGGUGUACACGCUGUUCAUGGCCAACAACAACUGGUACAUAUUCCUGAGGCUGCACGCCAUCCUUUGCGAUCGUCUCGCAAAGAUCUACGAGCGGGCUGUCGGGAUGGCUGCCGAAGAGGCGAAGUUUCGGUCGUGCCGCAAAGAGAGCACCGCCGUCGCGCUCAGACUGAAGCCGAAGCCGCAGAUCGAGAUCGAAGACUACUACCCCGCCUUCCUCGACAUGGUCAAGAACCUCCUGGACGGCAACAUGGAGGGGAACACGUACGAGGACACGCUGCGAGAGAUGUUUGGGAUACAUGCGUACGUAGCUUUCACGCUGGACAAGGUGGUAUCUUACGCGGUGCGCCAACUUCAGCACUGCGUCACUGAGAGGACGGCCAUAGCUUGUUCGGAGCUGUUUGCUAAGGAGCAGAAGCGAGGAGCUGCCGGGGGGCCUUGCAUCACUGCUCAGAAGAGGGCCCACAUGGAGAUGGCGUACCAGCGAGCCGGCGAAAAGGCGGUCCAGGAGGAGAACUGCUUUAAGAUCUACAUCUACAAGCGCGAUUGCCGAAUGACGAUCGAGCUGCUGGACACUGAGCCUGAGGACGGCAAGAAGGUAGACGAUGCUAAGAAGUGGAGUGUGUACAAGGAGUGCUAUACGGACAUUACGAGUUCGGAUCGUAAGCCGAGAUCCCCUGUUUAUCUCAACAGGAAUUUGAGAUUGUAUAAGAGGCGCGCAGAAAACAACUACAACAGAAACAAAAGGGUGGUAAGGAACCACCAACUAGGAAACAUGGACGACGGGGGAGGAAACGAAAACUUCCAGACUCUACAGGACGCGAUCGAGCGUAAACUGAACGAAAGGGGGCCCCCCGAGAGGAAUGUGACGGAUCACCCGGGUUACGAGGUGAAUGACGAGACGCAGUGCAAAUUUAACAUGCAGGACUCGAAAAUAAUGUUCGCAGUGACGAAAGACAGUUAUCUAUACAAUAUCAGUGCCUUCCACAGAGCUAGAAAGUCCCAUCCGCAAGUGACGAAGCAGAAAGCCACUCGGUUCCGGCAGUGGCUGAAACGUUGGGCGUGCGAUCACGUUAGUGACACUCAAUCGAAACAGUGCACAGACUGGUUGAUGGGUAGGUGCGACGGCGUCGUGCCGAACAGGACGCGCGUCCUGACGGACAAUGACCUCUCGAGGACUCCGUACGUUCCGUACAACAGGUAUCGCGUCGAAAGGCUGCUGGACGACAGCGCUGACGAAGAUUCGCCCUCGUGAAAGGAACGACGCCGUGAGUGCGGAUCGGUGGUGGUAACAGCCUUGAGAAGGCGUCGUCGGAGGAAAGCUUCGCCAAAACGACGCGGAUGUCUCCGUCUUGAAAUCAUCGCGGGUCGACGCGAAGCGCGUCGGGAGGAGUUAUCGACAGACAGGGGCGGUCCGGAUGUGGGUGCGGUGUGGCGCAGUAGGUAGGAUCGAAAUAGCUGGGGAAACCAAAUAGGUUUGAGGUUGGGCGGAGUAGUAGGCAUAAGAGGCAUAUAUUUUGAUGAAGUCGCUACUUUCACUAAUUCUGAUACACCACAAUUUCACAACUUUUUCAUGUUUUAUCACAGUAUUGAUGAUUUUUUUUCGUUUCCAACUGGCAUCCGUAUGAAAAAAAGCCAUAAAGAGCAUUGAUAAUUAUUAAAAUUCUGAUGAAUUUUGACAAAAAUCGUUGAUUUUGAAAUUUUUUGAGUUCCCACUUAUGCUAUUGCAAAAGAUUCCGUCUGUAGAGAUGAAAUGAAAAGUACCAACUGGUGGAGGAAUCAAAGUAAAUGGAACGACCAACGAGAAUUAUCAUUUUGGUAUCGUAUUUAUAACAAAAAACGGCUAAAAUUAUAUAGGAAAUUUCUUCAGGGCCUUCGAUUCAUUGAGACAUGGACUUUUUCUUUGAAUAAAAUUACAAUACACUGAGGAUACA